UUGCCAUGUUCCCGGUUCCCUUAUGGGUGUGGUGACGAGAUUGCUGGUGAAAAUUGACUCUCAGCUCGCGUGAGGGCUGCGUGGCCCUUUAAAUGUGUUUAAAAUUGAGUUCCAGUUAAUUGUGCUGCUUUGAAAUUUAUUUGUGCGCUUACCAACAUGCGAGGGAUCUGAAAAAGGAGCGGAAUUUGCCCAAAACAGCCUGAUCAGGUCCAGCACGUUGUCGUCUCGGGUGCAGGUCAAACAGGAACAAUGAGUGAGUUGGAACAGUUGCGACAGGAAGCGGAACAGCUUCGCAACCAGAUCCGGGAUGCUAGAAAAGCCUGCAGUGACUCCACACUUUCGCAGAUGACAGCGAGCCUGGACUCAGUGGGGCGGAUACAGAUGAGAACGAGACGCACACUCAGAGGUCAUCUCGCCAAAAUCUACGCCAUGCACUGGGGCAGCGACUCCAGGUUACUCGUCAGUGCCUCCCAAGAUGGAAAACUGAUCAUAUGGGACGGUUAUACGACCAACAAGAUGCACGCUAUUCCCCUGCGUUCUUCCUGGGUCAUGACCUGUGCGUACGCCCCGUCCGGGAACUACGUGGCCUGCGGAGGCCUGGACAACAUCUGCUCCACCUACAGCCUUAAAACCCGCGAGGGCAACGUCAGGGUCAACCGAGAACUGGCUGGACACACAGGUUAUCUGUCAUGCUGUCGUUUUCUUGAUGACAAUCAGAUCAUCACCAGCUCUGGCGACACCACAUGUGCAUUGUGGGACAUUGAGACGGGCCAACAGACCACCAGUUUCACAGGACACACUGGUGAUGUCAUGAGUCUGUCGGUCAGUCCCGACUCAAAGACCUUCGUGUCAGGAGCCUGCGACGCCUCUGCCAAACUCUGGGACAUCAGAGACGGGAUGUGCAGGCAGUCCUUCACCGGCCACGUCUCGGAUAUUAAUGCCGUCUGCUUCUUUCCGAACGGAAAUGCCUUCACAACGGGUUCGGACGACGCCACCUGCAGGCUGUUCGACCUGCGUGCGGAUCAGGAGCUGAUGAUGUAUUCUCACGACAACAUUAUCUGCGGUAUCACCUCUGUGGCCUUCUCCAAGAGUGGACGCCUCCUGCUGGCCGGUUACGAUGACUUCAACUGCAACGUCUGGGACACUUUAAAAGGCGAACGUGCAGGUGUCCUGGCCGGUCACGACAACAGGGUGAGCUGUUUAGGAGUAAACGAUGACGGAAUGGCCGUGGCCACAGGAUCAUGGGACAGUUUUCUGCGGAUCUGGAACUGAGAGCAGUAUUAAAACCUCCAGGUCCAGUUUCUUUGGUCCCAUUUCUACGUCUUUCCACUCUGUAUUCCAGUUAUUACACAUGAUUUUCAGUAUGUAGUUCAAUCCCGUGGAAAAGCCAAUCGUCACCGCCGGCCGCAGGAAUCAUAAGAGAUUAUUAAAGUGUCAUUGUGUAAUAUGUAAAUAUACAUGUAUAUGAAUAUAGAUAUGGUAUAUAUGUACAGCAUUAUGUGUAUGUAUAUACCAUAUAGUAUAUACAUACAUAGUGUUCAUGUAUAUAUUUUUCUAGUUGAUCAUUGGCCCCAUGACAUUUUUAUUAAUCCUUUUCUUUUUUUUCUUUGUAUUUUAUUUUCUGUUUUGUGUACAUAGAAAACAACGCUAAACUAGAUGGAAAGUUGCGAACAGCAGUCUGUAUUACAAAAGUUUGUGAAUUUAUGGAGGUUUUCAUGCGUUAAACACAUGCAGAUGACCUCUGAACUUUUUUUUUUUUUUCUUUCUUUUACACGCCACUAAAUCAAUCAUCAUUUAUUGGUGCUUGAGGGUGUUUGAAAAGAAGGCACUGAAUUUUCUCAGCCUUGAGAUUGAAUGUUUAAUUCUACGACACCUUGUUUUUAGGAGUUUUGCUUUUGAUUGAUAAAGAAAUUCAUAAUCUAUCUGCCCUUGAACUUUAGCCUUAAAUACUAGCAAUCGCAACAGAACUAAUCCUAGUAUAUCGAUUCUCAUUCUUGGUGCUUACAAAGGAAAUCUGUGCUUUGAAUUGAUUCAUAACUCUCGCUUUUUCUGAUUAGAAACGGCCACAAACCCUCCUCUUAAAUUUGUUGCAGUGUUACAAAAUGGAGCACGUUCAAAGCAGUAUAUAUAAUUUUUUGUUGAUUAGGAGUCAGUUUCAGCAUGUAAAUGUGUGCAAACAGGUGGAAAUGAAGAACACUACCUGGUCAGGAUGAUUAAACUAUUUUUUUUUCUGUGCAUCAAAAAUUGUAGAUCAGAGCGAUGAAGCUGUUUACUCACUUUCGCCAUAUUUAUAAUAAGUGCCAUCGGUUCUGACAGAUGUUUCUGGCUGUUUGAGAUGUGCGUCAGUAACCAGCUUGAUAUUGUUUCACCUUAACAAGCCUGAUUAAAAAAUGAUAUUUGUGCCAUUGUUAAUGCUCUUAACACCUCAUGUAACUGUGAAUAGAAUUUAAAAUCUUUCUCUUACUUUGCCUUUUUUAUAUUAAAGGGAAUUGGAAAGUGGCUUGAAAUUAUUUUGAGGUAUUAAAGUUUUCUUUUUACAGUAUGAAAAUGCUUUUUAGCAUUAAUAAAAACCCUCUCAAGUUGGGUAACACACCGUAAAUGAAUUAAUUUGGGGUUUAAGUGUUUUUUUGCGGAGUUUUAAGAUGAUUACUGUGAAAAGGGAUGUUUAGUAAUUUAGAAGUCACUUUGAAUUCUACAAUUUGAACAGGAAGUUUGUCUUAUUUGUAUUGGUUAGAAUUUAAGUCAGAUUUCUAUUGUUGGUACUGUAGAGGUUGAGAGAUUGCCAAUCAGUGAUUAUUUUUGUGGUUGUUUUAUUAUGAUCAUGUUGAAGAUUUGAGCGCGGGACGGUUUUAACAUCUUGGCUAAUGCAGUCAUAAAAAAAAUGUGCAUUAUUUCCAAACAGGCCGAACCACUCAAACUCAGCAACAAAAAAGCAUUUCACACGUUAGAAACCCCAAUGCUUAAAGUAUUCAAACUAUACUUUUGGCUCAUUUCUAUCCUUUUUUUUUUUUUCCUUCUUUUUGAGCCGAUAAAGCCAGGACUGUGGUGCCUUGUGUACUUUCACAGUGCCGUGUUUUCAAAUAAUCAUUUUUAAUAACAUUUUGUUUUUGGUUUUGUUUUUUUGGUAUUUGUAAAGUAACAUGGUGAUGAAGCAGCCAUACACUGAUAUUGUAACCAAUAAAAAGACUUUUAACCAUAA